UCCAAAUAUUUUAUCUUUUUCACAGUAAACUAAUAAUCAAUUACCCUAUACGAGGUUCAAAUUAAUAUAUAAUAAUGUGCUCAUUUGAAAGCUGCAGUGUUAUUACUUAACAUAUUUCUAUAUUAGCUUAAAAAACUGUAAAUAUGUUCAAAAAACUGAAAGAUAAAUUAGCUGAAGAAGUGAAGUCAUCACCCCAACGAAUCCAGCAAUUUGCACAGGCUGCUCAGGCUGCAGUAACAUCAGCAUCCAGCAGCAUAUCUGAUAUAACAAAUAGUGAUUUGUUUUCAAUUGGUGAUAAUGAUGGUCAACAAAACCGUCCUAUCAGGAAUCAAACAACAAGUGAUCAACAGAUACCUUUUCAGGAUGUUCCUCUAAUGCAAUCUGCAAUGGACUCAUCUCAUGGACAAGAUUAUGCAUCUACACAUGAUGGAACAGUAGCUGAAAAUCCAAGACAGCGGCGUUUAUCAAAUAGUUCAUUUGCUAGUGAUGUCUCCUUUAGACUACCUAGCUACGAAAGUCCCUCGAUGUACCACUUGCAGUCGGACAUGGAAAUAUCUGCAAGUGAAGCUGAAGAAUGGAGCUUUUCUAAAAGCACGGUCAGUCUUGAACGUGUUACUAAAGAACAACUUUAUGCAGCUUAUAGACGAACACAAGAAAGAUAUACAAAAUAUAGAACACAAUAUGCAGAUUUGGCUCGACAUUACAAACAAUUGGAAAGAGAAAAUGCUAAAGCAAAGAGUGUGUUGGUAGAAACCCAAGAUAAGGCUCUAAGAAGAAUAUCUGAAUUGAGAGAACAGUGUGCUCUGGAACAAAGUGCCAAGGCACAUUUAGAAAAAGCCCUACGAGUCGAUAUUGAGGAAAGAAAUAUGAAAAUUGAUACAUUAAAUACUAAAGUUGCGCUUUUACAAAAUAAUGAACAAAUAUGUAAUAAUGUACAGAAAUCUGAUAAUGUAUAUAAUAAAAAUCAGACAGAAAAUGAAUAUCAAUUAAUUAAUCUUUCCACAAAUGAUGAAACAAAACAAAUAAAUGAAGAACCUUCUGUGGAUAUAAAUUCUGUAUCUAAUAAAAUUGUGAAAAUGGAGCAGUUACUUAAUAAGUACAAGGAAUCCCUUAAAACAGCUAAAGAAAAAAAUUCCCAAACAAUUGCAGAGCUACAAAUAUUAUCAUCUGAACUUGAAAAUAAAAAUAAAGAAAUUGAGCAGCUAAAAGUAGUAGAGUCAGAGUUAAGUGUAGCAAAACAACAAAUUGAAGAAUUAAAUAUUAAUAGCGAAGAAUUACAAAACAAAAUCAAUGCUUAUGAUUUUAGUAAAACAAAGGAAAUGUCAACAAUGGAACUAGACUUACAAAAAGCGAGGUCAGAAAUAGCUCAAUUACAAACAAAAAUUGAUAUAUUUAGCAAAAAAGAGGAGGAAUAUGCGAUAUCUCUUGCAGAAAAUAAAUUAAGUAUCCAUAAAGAAUUGGAGAGUAAAGAAACUGAAAUAAAAUCUCUGAAAGACAGUUUAUCCACUACAAAAACAGAACUGCAAUCAACAAAUAUUAUUGUUAGAGAUUAUAAAAAUAGUAUAUCUUCACUGGAAGAACAAUUAUCUAAAUCUGUAAAUGACCUUACUAUAGCCAAAAGUAAAAUAACUGAUAUGGAAACACAAAUACAAUUGCUUUCACAAAAGUCACAAUCUUUAGAACACACCAAAAUAAAAAUUGAAGAAGAGUAUAAGUGCUUAGAACUACAAAUGAAACAAGAAACUGCAGAAAAAUUAGCUAUGAUUGAUAGAAAUAUAUAUCUGGAAAGUAGAAAUACCCAGUUAACAGAGGAAAACACAAAAAAAUGUACACAGAUCAGCAAUUUAGAAAAUUAUAUGCAAGAUUUGAAAAAAGAUACUGAGGAUAAUACAUCUUCAUUCAAUGAUGCAGAAAAAUCUAAGAUGAUUGAAGAAUUAGAUGUUUGGAAAAAGAAGUAUAGUAAUUUAGAAUGCGAGAUUCAAGAGGAAAGAGAUGAAUUGGUAAAAUUACAAUCCGAGAUUGAAAAACUUCUGGUUAAUCAUGAGUUAAUACAAAUAGAGAAUUCAAAAUUACAUAGUAUAGUAAAGUCAAAGAAUGCAGAGUUGGAAGGAAAUAAUUCUAUGAUCGAUAAUUUCAAACUUAGCAUUGUAAAACAAGCAAACGAUAUUAAAUACAUAAAAGAAUCUAUUAAUAAUAUGGGACAUGAGGCAAAGGCAUACAAAAAUGAUAUAAAUAAUGUAAUAAUUCCAGAAAUAUAUAAAAGUAUUGGUCUUUUCACCGAUUCACAGUGUGCUCUUAAUACAAAGUGCCAAGAAUUGCAAAAAGAAUAUGAAAAUACUUUACUCAUAUUAGACGAAGCCAAUAAACAAAAUGAUAUUAAUUUAGAAGAAAUCAGUAAUUUGCAGAAUAAUAAUGAAAUGCUGGAAACAAAACUUCAAGAAAACCAAGCAGAGAUUCAUAAUUUAAAGAAAGAACUUAAAAUUUAUGACAAUACUUACACUGAAAUAAAAAAUGAAAAUGAGAAAUUAUAUCUUAAUUCACUACAAUACUUAGAAGAUAAGGAAGUUAUUCAAAGUAAAUAUCAACAUUUGCUAAACAUGAGUGAAUUAUCUCAAAAGGAACAGCUUAACCUUACAGACAAGUAUACUACAACACAGAAAAAUUUAGAAGAACAAAUUAAAAAUUAUAAAUCAAAUCUUGAAGAAAGUCAGUCACAACUGACCUAUCUCAAAACACAACAAAAGGAUGAUGAAAGCCGAUUAAACCAGUUGCAAAGAGAUUUUGAUGUUAAAGAAACACAUAUAAAGAAAUUAGAAGAACAAUUACAAUCAGAAUCACAACAAAAUAUGACACUGAAAAAUCAAUAUGAAAAUAUUGCAAAGAAUUUUAGAACUCUCGAAGUCGAAAUUGAAGAAUUACGCGCAGCUCAUGAUAAAAUAGAAACAGAAAAAAAUCAUCUGAAUGCUGUAAUAGAACAGUUGGAAAAAGGACAAUUAGAGCAUAGACAUGGCAAUAUCAAUAAUAAAGACACUCAAACUGAACCAUAUUCAGUUUUAACAGAUGAAAGUUCACCUACAGCAAUCGGUGACAGUCAUAAAGAAGAUGAAAUAGUACCUAAAAAUUUUGCUACAUUAGAUCAAGAAAAUAAAUCUUCUGAGGAUGUAAGAAAAAUGGAUUAUGAGAUUCAAUCAUUAAUACAAGAAGUUAAUUCAUUGAAUAGUAAAAAGAUUGAACUUGAACAAAAAAUUAAGGAUCUUAAUGAAAUCAAUAUUCAAAUGUCAAAUAAAUUAUUAGAAAAAAAUUGUUCAAAUAUAGAUCAAAUUGAUAAUACAGAAAAAUAUCAAACUACACAAAAUGAUUAUGAUUCAUUGAAAGAGGAAAAUAGACGAUUACAAUCAGAUGUUGAAGGACUUCAAACAUAUUUAACAAAAAUAUCUAAAGAAAAUGGUAUUUUAAAUGAUAAAAUAAGGGAACUCAUAGCUAGUGAAAUUGCUGCAGAUAAAAAUGAACUGGAAUCAGAUUGCAUGACAGAGUUGAAAAAUGAAGUUCGACAAGGAAAGGAAAAAAUUGAUGAUUUACUAAGAGAAAACUCGAUUUUAUUAGAAGAAAAUUUGGAACUGAAAGAUCAGUUGGAGUCACAAGUAUAUGUAAAACCAAGUAAUAAUGCCAGUCAUAAAGAUACAGAAUUUGCCGCUAUGAAUGAAAAGUAUGUAAAUAUUCUUGAGGCAAAGAAAAAGUUAGAAGAUCAUUUGUUGAAUACAGAACAGAUGAAUACAACUGUAAAUAAAAAUAUGCAAGAAUUACAAGUAAACAACGAAAAAUUAAAACUAACAAAUGAAAAAUUAGAAAGACGACUAGACGAAGCACUUGUUAGUUUGAGACAUUUGCAUUCUUUGCAAGAAAAUACAGAAUUGGAAUAUUUAAGAAAUAUACUCUAUGAAUAUCUUACAGGGUCUGGAACACAUUCCAUUACAUUAGCAAAAGUUCUUGCAGCUGUAGUUAAAUUUGAUGAUAGGCAAACACAACAAGUACUGCAAAAAGAAAAAGAAAGACAAGGACUUCUUCGACAACUAGGCCUCACAUGAUUGGUUUGAAUUCGAGAAUUAUAAAUUCAGAAUUUUACCUCUAACUGAUAUUCACGGUGCAGUCAAGAAUCGUGUUAAAUAUGUCAAAGACUACAAUUAGUUUAUGGAGACGAAAAUCGAGGGAUUUAUACCGGAUAACUUAGUUUACCCUAUGGUUAUAAAUUACUAUGUAUAUGUACCAUAUAUAUAUUAUAGUACUUUAAUUUUGUACAUAUGACCCAACUUUCUCUGACCGAAGUCAAAUAAAUAGUCCAUAUACUGAAUGACUUUGUUUAUCGUACCGAAAAUAAUAUGACAUAACUGGUACAUCCAGGUGAUUCAAUGCAUAUAUAUUUUUGUUACUUUAUUAGGUGGAAGGCUAUUACAAUAUUCGCUGUAUACUGUACCUAGAAUUCCUCGGCCUCUGUGGUUUAGCACACUGCUUUACAUCCGAUGGUUGCCGGUUCGCCGGGAUCGCAGGGGGCAAACAUUUGUAUUCAUGAGUAUGAUUGUUUGUAACGGUCUGUAUGUUUUAUUUGUAUAUUAUAUAUGUAUUUACAAACAAAAAGUUCUAAGUGUAUCACUUUUCUAGUACUCGUAACACAUGCUUUGCUUAGUUUGUUCCAAACAAUAACAACUGUUAGCAUUAUAUUAUAUUAAAUAUUUAUCACAAAACAGCGGCUAAUUGAGUGUAUGUGUCGCUUCAUUAGAAUCUGUAAUAGACCUACAUGAAUAAGACAUUUUGCAUCCGCGCCACCUUCGGGCAGCAACUAACAAAUCAGUGUUUUAUCCUUGAGCAAAGUAGUUAGAGUAAAGUUGAGCAUGUACAUAUUUCAAUCAGUUGUCUUGUGUCCAUAACACAAGCUCUGCUUAACUUGGGACUAGAUGGUGCCGGGUGAACUGUCCUGGGUUGGUAUUAUUAGCUUUUAUUAAGAAAAUAAUGAUUUUGGACAAUAAUAAAUUAUCCUUUUUCCCAUCUUUACAUAAAACACCAUCAAGGUAUAUGUAUAGUGAGGUUAAGUUUAUCUAGGUUUGCCGCGCUAUUACGACGUAAAGGAUGGAAUGUUUUAUUUUAUAUUCAGAGACAUUUCAAAUCGUCUAUUAUUUA